ACAAAGAGCAGCAGCUGCUCCAGCUCCGCCGCCACAGCCCCCACCACCGCCCCACCGAGCAGCAGCUGCUCCAGUCUGCCGCACGAGCCCCCACACCGGGCAGCGGCACACUUGCUCACGGCGACGAUCACUGGAAUGGACACCGCGAAAACGCUCACGAGAAAGGAGGCAAGGGGCAGGAAGAGAGCCCAUUCUAGACCAUCAACGAGUAGCAGUGGAUCAAGAGAUCAGUUCGCUUCUAGUCCCUACGAUGAACCACUAGAGGAGGUACAAGAACGGUCUAGUUCAUGCUCAACAUGUAUCUUCGUCACGAUUGUGGUCCUCUUUAUGGUGGGUUCGUGCAGUGCGCUCCUUGUGUUCGCAUACAAGGUGGCCAUCGGAGAUCCUCCUAUGAUAGCGGUCAUAAUCGGUGAGACAGAAAGAAACAGUAACGAAAAACAA